UCGAAUUCCGGAAGUGCGUGGCUUUGAGGAAAUAUGGCGUUCAGAGAAACGUGUUUAUCAUUUGCUGCUACAGCUUCAACGUCCUUUCCUAGUAUUUUGUGUUUUUCCAUUUUGAUUGCUUUCGCAGGCUUUGCAAAGGCAGAUAGCGGAGACGUGUUUAGUGCAAGCAACACGCCUACUGUACCCAUCGCCGCCGCUAGGGAUCUACGAUACCUUCUGUACGAUGUGAACCCUCCAGAGGGUUUCAACCUGCGGCGAGAUGUAUAUAUUCGCAUCGCAUCCCUGGUGAAAUCUCUGAGGAAGAACGGUGAUGACUGGGUCCUUGUGCUUCCCCCCUGGGGUCGCUUGUAUCACUGGCAGAGCCCCAACCUCCAUCAGAUCCGCAUCCCUUGGGGAGAGUUCUUCAGCCUCACCAGCCUACAGGUCAACGUUCCGGUGAUCGAGUAUGAGGAAUUCAUUGCUGAAAAUGGAGGUCCAUUUAUUGAUCAAGUUGUGGUCCUGCAAAAUUACGCGGAGGGAUGGACUGAUGGGAAAUGGGAGGAAAAGGUUGAUGAGCGGCCGUGCAUUGACAAAUUGAUGUACAACAAAGAUAAACAGGGCUACUACAGGGGCUGGUUUUGGGGCUUCGAAGAGACGAGAGCUCGAAACGUAACUUGUCUGUCAGCACAAGGUCAUGCCUCCAUCAUGGUCCCGGUUCUUCGACAGAACAUUACAGUGACCUCUGUAAUGCUCGACCGAGCAGAAACACUUCUCCAUGAUCAUUAUGCAGGAAAGGAUUACUGGGAUAGCCGUCGCAGUAUGGUGUUUGCCAAGCACCUGCGUCUCAUUGGAGAUGAGUUCAGAGCAAAGUACCUCAACUCGACAGAUGAUGGCGACCACACGGUUUACAAUGAAGACUGGACUCGCAUGAAGGCCAAGCUGGGCUCUGCCAAAGGGGGCCCGUACCUCGGGGUCCACUUGCGGCGAAAGGAUUUCAUCUGGGGUCACAGAGAGGACGUCCCCAGCCUGAAGGGGGCUGUGAAAAAAAUACGGAACCUGAUGAAGAAGCACAAACUGGAGCAAGUCUUUGUUGCGACCGAUGCAGACCAGGAAGAACUGAAGGAGCUAAAGAGGCUGUUGCCUGAGAUGGUGCGAUUUGAAGCGUCCGCAGAGGACCUGGAGCUUUUGAAAGAUGGAGGAGUGGCAAUCAUUGAUCAGUGGAUUUGCGCUCAUGCAAGAUUCUUCAUUGGAACAUCGGUUUCGACUUUUUCCUUCCGUAUCCACGAAGAGCGUGAAAUACUUGGUUUUGAUCCAAAGACCACUUACAACCGCUUCUGUGGGGAUGCCGAGAAAGAGUGUGAACAACCUACACACUGGAAAAUUGUUUACUGAUGGCACCUUUGAAGUUUGCUACUUUACACAAGUGCCAAAGCCAAUGUCAAUCAAGGACACAGUACACUAUUUGAACUCCUGUUUUUUUUUGUCUUGUACUUUUUUUUAUGCCAAGGAGUGGCUGACCUGGAGUAACACCAAGAGCAUAUUUUUCUGCCAAACAGUCUCAUUUGCAUAAUAUUUGAAGACAGAUUUCAAUUGGUGUGAUAUUUUUCUAUUAUUAAUUACUCAUAUCAUUGGCACGGGUGGAAAAUAUCUUUGCUUUUUGUAGAAGAUUUGAAUCAGUGUUUUUAAAUAAGUGGAAUUUGACAUUCUGGAUAUGUUUUUUUGUGGCGGACACUAUAAUUUAGUUGUAUUUGCAAAGUGGCAAGUAUUUCUGCCCCAAUCUUGCAUAUUCUAUUGCAUUUUCCAAUUGAAAAGAUCCACUCUCACUUGUUACUCAUUCUUGCACAAUAACUCGUAGGUUUUUACAAUUUUACUGAAGCAGGUAAUGCUCGGAAUAUGUUCUACACAGAGAGGAAAAUACUGUGAGUGUAAAGCACUACAAGUCAUUUUGCCACUUGCUGUCGACUGAAAAUGACAUGACAUGACAAAUCACGGCUCACCGUUUUUAUUUUAUUUAUUUGUGUGUGUGUGUGUGUCUGUGUGGGUGGAGGGGACAUGUCAUUUGCAAGCUGAGCUUCAGAUCAUUGAUCAGCACAUGCCACUGGUCAUGAUUCAAGUUCAUCUGACAUUGAAAAGAUGACAUUUUCCAAAUUGAAUUCCACAGUCUGGGAAUUAGAAUCUUGCUGGUUGUGUAUGGCAUUCCAGGUUAUGUCUGGUUGGUAUGUCAAAGGUGUGGACGUGACAAUGAGCAUGCAAAAUUACUUCAUGAUUUUCUUUACACAAGUGGUUCUUAACCUUUUUCUUUGUUCGCACCCCAUUCAAUUCACCAACCAGUUCUCGCACCCCUAACCCUAAAUAAUUGUUACAAUAAUAAUUGGUUUACUUGCAUUAUCCCUAAUGCCAAUUAACACAAUGACGUCUUCUUUUUUCCCCUUUUUUCGGUUACCCGACCAUUAUCCCCGAAAAAUUGUAAAUUUCCCCCAGGGUAUCCUAGCACCCCCUAGGAAUCAUUCUCGCACCCCCGGUUAAGAACCACUGCAAAAGUUGUGCAGAGUUGUGCAUAUCUGUAUGCAUUGGUACACGUGAUCAAGAGAAACUGGAGAACAGUUUUACACUCCUCCCUUUGGUUCUCCAACCUCCACCAUGCAACAAUAAACUCAUUAUGCAGCUA